AUGCGUCUAUCUGAACUCCUCUUUGUCUUGCCUCUAUUUGACCUUCUCUCUUUAUCACGCAUCGGACUGACCGCCUGUCUUUAUCUUCUUACCUCCUCCCUUUACAAUGCCUCUAGAAGUCUUCUUUCUUUUAGGAAAGUUGUUUUUCUUUUUUUCUUUUGUUUAUUCAGCUUUUUUUUCCUCUUCUUUCUUUUCUUUUUUCUAUUCCUUUGGUUCUCCUUUUUUUUUCUGUUUCCUUCCCAGGAUUUUUUUUUUCUUUUUCUUUCCUUUUCUUCUUUUCAGAAUUUUUCAUAUACCACAAAUUUUUCACAGCGUUCUUUGGGUUCAGAGAUUCUCUUUCAUCUUUUUUUCUUUUUUUUUUUCUUCUUUUUUUUAAAUUAUUUUUUUUUUACUUUUAAAAAAAAUCCAAAAUUCCUUUUUUUGCGUUUUCUUUUCCAUCAUCAAACACAUGUUUUUCAAAUUUCCCAUUUCUUUCUUUUAUUUUCUUCUUUUUUAUCUUUUUUAAAACUCUUUUUCUGUCUUUUUUUUUUGCCAUUUUCCUUUUCUUUUUUUUUUUUUUUUUUCCUUUUCUUUUUUAAAUUUUUCCAAUUUUUCUUUUAUUUUUUUUUUUCUUCCUUCCCCGUCUUUUCUUUCUUUCCCUUUUUUUUUUUCCCAUUUUCUUUUUUUUUUUUCUUUUUUUUUUUUGGCCAACGGGAGCCUUUUUUUUUUUUUUUUAUAAAAAAUUUCUUUUCAAUCUUUUUCUUUCUUUUUUUUUUUCUUUUUUUUUUUUCUUUCCUUUUCUUUUUUCCUUUUCUUUCUUUCCUUUUUUUUUCUUUCCUUUUCAUUCCUUUUUCUUUUCUUUUUUCUUUUAAGAUUUCUUUUUUGCUUUUUCUUUUUUUUUUUUUUUUUUUUUUUUUUUAUAAUUUCAAUUUUUUUUUCUUUCCAGUUUUUUUCUUUUUUGAGAAAUUUUCUUCCUUUGUUUUUUUCUUUCUUUUUUUUCUUUUUAAAAUUUUUUUUUUCAAAUUUUUCCUUUCCUUUUUUUUUUUUUUUUUCCUUUUCUUUCUUUCCUUUUCCUUUUUUUUUUUUUUUUUUUUCUUUUUCAUAUUUCUUAAACAGGCAUCCUUUUUUUUUUUCCUUUUCUUUUUUUUUUUUUCUUUCCUUUUUUUUUCUUUUUUUUUCUUUCUUUAUUUUUUUUCUUUUUUUUUUUUUUUUUGUUUUUGCAUUUCCUUUUCUACCUUUUUCCGGGUGAAAUUCUUUUUUUUUUUUUUCUUUUUUUUGUUUUUUCUUUUUUUUUUUUUCUUUUUUCCUUUUUUUAAAUAUUUUCUUUUUGUCAUUUCUUUUUUUUUCUUUCUUUUUUUUUCUUUCUUUUUAAAUUCUUUUUGCUUUUUUUUCUAG